UUAGUCUUAGAUUAGGGUAAUUUUCCAAAUCUGCAGAAUUUCAGAGCCAUUGUUACUUUGGUGUUGGAAAAGACAAUUCAUUGGUUAGACUUCGAAACAAAAACAGAGAACAAGUGAUUUUUAUUUCAUGUUUUUAUUUUACGGUGCUCCGAAGUCUAAUGGUGUAGUUUCAAAGCCCCGCGUCGGCAUGAUUGGCCCUUUUUAAAAAGAAAUCAGGGUUCCUUAAAGCCGUUUUUAUUAUCAGUAUCUUGUCUUUCCUCUUGCAUCCUGCAUCCUGGAGUCAUUUUGUUCCUUCUGCUCCCACUGUAUCCUAAAUCCUCUCCGCGUUCAUCCAUACAGUCCUGAACAAAAUGCAGAUAUGAAUCGGAGAGGGCGUAAUGCAUCCAUGAUCCACAGGAAUCUUGAAUCCUUGCAGCUGAUUGGCUGCUGGCUGCUGCCUCUUGUUGGGAUGGACCUGUUGGAUAAAAGGACCAUUUUCUAAAGGACUCUGGUGUGUUAUAGAGGAUCAUGCACUGGGGACCAUCCUGUGAGACGGUUUAGACAGAGAAAAGGGCCUUUCUUCAAGCAUAGCAGACAGCAUGACGGGAAAACAAGGCGCUGUGCUGUCGGAAAGUUUGAAUCUGUCGGAGAAAACCUCUCUGGGAGUGAAUGGAGGGACGAACGGCCAUCAGCCGAAGAGAAGCGCGCCUCAUCCGCCGCCCAGGUGCACCGGCUUCGGCAUCCAGGAGAUUCUGGGGCUGAAUAAAGAGCCCUCCGCGGCCCCGAGGAGUCCGCUUGGCUCGCUGCCGGCUGGAGCGCACCUGAUCGCGGCCAGAUCUCUGCUUGGCCCCGUCGGCAUGGGGAUGGGUGUGGGGAUGGGAUUAAUCGGUCCUGGUGGGAUUCCAUCGUUUUACAGCCAGCCAGCUUUUUUAGAGACGGUGCUGCAGGACGCACAAGAUGUUCACCUGCAGCCCCACAGCAGGUCCACGGGCCCGCUGGAGACCAGCCAGUCCGCCAGCUCAGACUCUGAGGAUUUAUCUUCAAAUGAACGAAAACUGUCGAAGUCUUCAAUCAGUCAGAGCAAGAAACGCAAGAAGAGACGACACCGGACCAUAUUUACCUCGUACCAGCUGGAGGAGCUGGAGAAGGCCUUCAACGAGGCGCAUUACCCGGAUGUUUACGCCCGAGAGAUGCUUGCCAUGAAAACAGAGUUGCCUGAAGACAGGAUACAGGUGUGGUUUCAGAACCGCAGAGCCAAAUGGAGGAAGAGGGAGAAGUGUUGGGGCCGCAGCACUGUGAUGGCCGAGUACGGCCUGUACGGUGCCAUGGUGAGACACUCCAUCCCACUGCCGGAGUCCAUCCUCAAGUCUGCAAAGGAUGGCAUCAUGGAGUCCUGUGCGCCCUGGCUGCUUGUCCAAGAUGGCUUACCAAUCAACAGACGCUAUUCUAAAUCUGAAUACCCGCAACUCUUUGCAGGGAUGCACAAAAAGUCCAUGGAGCCAGCCCCUCCCCCGCCCACAGGAACAGGAAAGUGCGACGCUCCCCAGCAGCAGCAGCAGCAGCCAAGCUCUGAGAAGGAGGAGGAGGCAGAGGCGGAGGAGAAGAGGUCAGAGGUCAAGUCCACCAUGUCUAAAGAGGAACUGAGGGAGAACAGCAUUGCUGCACUAAGGGCUAAAGCCCAGGAGCACAGUGCUAAAGUGCUGGGGACGGUUUGUCAGGAGAGACUGAUGGAGGGGAAACAGGAGAGACAGACGGCAGAGGAGAAACCCUGCGAUCCUCUGAGUCCAGCAGAGGAGGAGAGGAGUCCGUAGAGACUGCCUGAGAGUUUUGUCUCUUAUGGAUGUCUCUAAACCGGCCUGCAUCUGGACUUCUUUAGGAAGAAACUCAUCUGGCCCAAACAGGCUCUGCACACAAGAUGCAAAUGCACUUUUUUUGAUGUAUUUCCAAACUUACAGUCAUUUUCGCUAACGAACAGUAAAGACAUUCUUACAGAGUUGGAUUUGAAUAUCGGUGUAAAAAGAUCCCAUGAUUAUAUGUAGAGCUGUUUGAGCAAAAGUCUGUCAAAUAUAACAGUCAUAGCACACUUUGAGGACUACCAAUGAGAAGUCUGAAGAUAUUAUUUCAUUCUUGGCAUAUAUUUGUUUAUAAUGUUGCUUGUACAGCUUCUAAAUAGUGACAUGUGAGACCAGAACCCCCACCACCGACAGUACUCUUUAAAGAGAAAGAAAGUAUUUGUUGUCCUAUAUCGCGCUGUAUAUACCUGAUAUAUUAAUCUCUCGCACUAAGGCACAAUUUGAAACAUGUUUUCUUGUAGUCUUUGAAAUGUUUGUCUUUUCAUUCGCAAAAUCUGUAAUAUACAAAGCAUAAAAUAGAGCUCACCUUUUAUUAAA